AUGGAUGGGACAAAUCGUCGCCCUGGCGUUGACCGCCACGUCUCGCGAAACAGCGCCAACCCCGAAGACAUUAUUCUCGGACCUCCUCGAACCGCCUUCGCCUCUGCGACCCUGCGCAAUGGCAAGCCUUUUGACAAUGACAAGGGCCUCAAGGACGCUGACUCGCCCAGCCGCUUCAAUUUCCGCAAUCGCAAUGGUGACACCCCCGAAAGCGACCGCUUCCGCGACUCGAGAAACACAAACUUUGGUCGUCGUCGCGGCGACGGUGAUCCACAGGAUCAGGAGGGAUGGAGUACGGUGAAGCCGCGCAAGAGCUUCGGGCAUGAGGGCGCCGAGCGCUUCCAAGGUCGCAUGGGCGCUGGUGGUGGCGAUAGGCUUCCCAAUGAGCGCCGUCCCCGUGAUCGCGAUGACCGCGAGGGCCCCAGAGAUCGUACCCACCGCACCUUCGACCAUCACGACAAGGAGCAUGAUAACGAGGAAGCUGAGCCGCGGCUUCGAAAUGGUCUUAGCAGGGGCAAGUCGGAGCCCUGGUUCAAGAACGAUAACAGCACCGCCAGUAACAAUACCAACAAUGCCAACACUCCAGAGAAGCCUCCGUUGACGGCUCGCGAGCGCAUUGACCGGGCCAAGAGCUGGAGAGACCGAAACCGGGAGGCUGAGCCCGUCGAAGAAAAGAGCACUGGCAGGAACUAUGAGCGUCGCUGGGAGCGCGGCGAACAUAGACAAGAGCGAGAGCCCGAAUGGUUUGACGAACCUGCUGGAGAAAAGGCAGGAGGCCACACGGAAGAGGAUUUCAAGAAAUUCAUGGAAAGCAUGAAGGCGAGUCGCAACGGUCCUGCCGAGGACAAAGCGCCAGCUGCCGCAGUCGAGGCUGCAAUCAAAGCAGAGCAGCCAGCUGUUGCUUCCGCACCCGCUGUGGAGAUUGGCCCUGACCAAUUCUUCCUCAAGUUCGCUUCUACUGCUGGCUUAGACGUCAGCUCCCCGAGCGAGCCCAAGAGAGAGACUCCUUCCAAGUCUAAGACAGGCGGUGGCAAGUCCUCUCGGUUCACCUCAUUCUUCAAUGCCCCUCAGGAUGACCCCACCCAACGAAUGAAGACGGAGCCUUCAACGCCCAUGGCUGGCCUUCCUUUCGGUGGCCCUGAUCUAUCUGGACCGGCUCCCGACAACGAGAAGCAAGCUUUCCAAGCAUUGCUCAUGAAGUUGCAGCGGUCAAACCUUCAAUCAGCCACGCCGCCUGCUUCGCAACCAUUCCAGGAGCCUCCCCCGCCUGCCCGUGAGCAUGCUCCUUCCAGCUCCGUCGCGUCGCCCGAGCCAUUUCAGCAGUAUGGCGGCGAGCGCAGAGAGGACCCCCGCCCUCGCAUGCCGCAGGGAUCCAUGUCUAUGUCCGACAUUCUUGCCCCGCGUCCAACGAUGCCUCACCAGCAGCAGCCGCCUGCUGCUCGUCAAGACCAACUGCUCCAGGAGCUGGUCGGACAGCGCCACCAGGCUUCAAGCCAGGGAUCCGGCCGAAUGGAACCAAACCAAGGCCGCAACAUGAGCAACACCGAGUUCUUGAUGAACUUGAUGAGGAACCAGCCAGAACCCCCACGAACGGAGCAGCAACUCCUCAUGCGCAUGCCGCAACCUCAGCGCGCCGCUCAGAUCCCGCAUGCUCCAGACCGCGAGCCCGACUUCCAGCAGGGACUUCCGCAGGGCGGCCGUGGUUCUCAGCGCCAGAUGCGUGGUCAAGGCCCGCCUGGCUUCAUGGACGAGAGUUUCCACCACCCUGAGCCAGAAGCGCGCAUGCAACCCACGCAGAUCUUGCAACGUCCUCCCCCGCCUCCCGGUUUGGACCAAAUGAACCCCAACUGGAUGCAGCAGGGCGGCGGCGGUCCUCCCAUGCCCCCUCAACAGAGAUCCAUCAUUCCGCCUCCUGGUCUUGCUGGUGGUCCUGGCCGCAAUCACCCGAUGGCCGCUAUGUUCCCCCCGAACUUCCCUCCUGGAGCCUUCCCUCCUCCUGAGGCCAUGGCAGGUCCCCCACCACGCAAUAUGCCUCCUCCCCCGGGCUUCUUCGGUGGUCCCCCUCCCGGAUUUAUCCCUCCCCCCGGAAUGCCUGGCUUUCCUGGUCCGGCUGGACCCGAUGGUCAUGGCUUCCCCUUUGACGGACGUAUGCCUCCCGGCGCCGCUCAGGCGUUCCGGAGACAGUAA